GAGUGUUUCCCAUUUAAACAAGCACGGUGGUGAAGAUGGCGGAGAGUUAAUAGUGGCAAAAAAGAAACUGGUGUGGUGUACUCAAUGAAUGCAUUGAAGCGGGUGCUGAUAUGUGCUGAGGAUGAGUGAAGUGGGAGACAACUCACUGGAGCUCAUGUGCUCCGAACAGAAACGCAAGAUCUCCACCUGUGAUACACCAGGCAUGGGAUGUGACAAGCGCAGGAGGGAGCAGGAGAGUAACUACAUGGAGGAGCUGGCCGAGCUGAUCUCUGCCAACCUCAGCAACAUGGACAGCUUCAACGUGAAGCCAGACAAAUGUGCCAUCCUCAAGGAGACCGUCCGGCAGAUCAGACAGAUCAAAGGGCAAGGGAAGAGCUCGUGCAGCGAUGACGACGUCCAGAAGGCAGAUGUGUCGUCCACCGGUCAGGGGGUCAUUGACAAGGACCAUCUGGGACCGCUGCUGCUACAGGCCCUGGAUGGCUUCCUGUUUGUGGUGAACCGGGAGGGCAGCAUCGUGUUUGUGUCUGACAACGUGACUCAGUUCCUUCAGUACAAACAGGAGGAGCUCAUCAACACCUCCAUCUACAACAUCCUCCAUGAGGACGACCGGGAGGAGCUGCACAAGAACCUGCCCAAGACCAACGCACCCAACGGUGGGUCAUGGGGAGGAGAGGCACCGCGUCAGAAGAGCCACACCUUUAACUGUCGUAUGCUGGUGAAGUACGGUCACGGGCAGAACCAUCAGAACCAUGGUCCGUCUGAGGGGCCCAACAGGCAGCACUACGAGACCAUGCAGUGCUUCGCCCUGACCCAACCCCGUGCCAUGAUGGAGGAGGGAGAAGACCUGCAGUCGUGUAUGAUCUGUGUGGCCCGGCGCGUCACUGCAGUGGAGAGGACCGAGCAGUUCAGCACCCGCCAUGAGCUCUCAGGUCAACUGAUAGAGAUAGAACAACAGAGUUCUCUCCACACCACCAUGCGGCCAGGCUGGGAGGAUCUGGUCAGGCGCUGCAUGCAGAUGUUCCUCCAUCGUACUGAGGGCCAUCCCUGGUCCUACAAACGCCACUACCAUGAGGCCUUCCUGCAUGGCCGUGCCGAGACGCCAUCUUACCGGUUCUCUCUCUCCGACGGCACACCGGUCACUGCUCAGACCAGGAGCGAGCUAUGUCGUAGCCACGCCUCCAAUGAGCCACCCACCUUCCUCUCUACCCAUCUGCUACAGAGGGAGCAGAAUGGCUACCAAACCAACCAGGGGGGAGUGAUGAGGCCCCAGGGCAUGGGCAUCACCAACCCCAAUGCCCAGAUGAACAUGGCUCCUGGAGGGGGCAGGGGUGGCAUGAACAGGGGCUAUGGCAUGGGGGCAGAGCAGGGGCACAUGGGACAGAGAGGCGGCCCCUCGUACACAGGGGGCAACGGGAUGAACUCCAUGAAUCAGAUGAACUCAAUGCAUCAGAUGACUCAAAUGAACCGCUCAAUGCAUCAAAUGAACUCUCAGACGAAUUCAAUGGGUCAACCAAUGAACAACAUGAGUCAGAUGAAUUCCAUGAAUCAAAUGAACUCCAUACGUCCAAUGAACUCUCGGAUGAAUUCCAUGAACCAGAUGAAUUCUAUGAGUCGGAUGAACCAGAUGAAUCAAAUGAACCAGAGGAAUCAGAUGAACCACCCUGGAAUGCAGCAUCCACAGCAUCAGCAACAGCAGGCCCCGUUCCAUGGAGCGGGAUACGGCAUGGGGGGCAUGACCAGCCCCCCCCAGAGCAGUCCAGGGAUUAACGCCCCCCAGCAGAACAUCAUGGGCUCCCCUAGAGUAAGGGGGAGCCCCAAAAUGGGCGCUAGCCCCUUCUCCCCAGGAGGUAUGCACUCUCCCAUGAGCUCGGGUCACCCAGGUGGUCCUGGAGGCGCAGGAGGGAGCACCAGUUUCUCCAGCAGCUCCCUGAGCGCCCUCCAGGCCAUCAGUGAGGGGGUGGGCACCUCUCUAUCCUCAGCCCUCCCCUCGCCCCUCAACUCUCCCCCUGCACACAAGCCUGACAGCUCCCCCAGUGUCAACUCCACCCAGCAGGGACAGAGCCAGGGGCAGUGCCAUGGUGGGCCUUGUAAACCAGGCAGUUCAGACUCCAAGAGCCCGGGCAACUCUCUGGCCAGUGGGGGAGCGCAGCAGCAAACCCCAGACAAGCCAGACAGCCAGGCCAGCAGGGAGGGCCCAGCCGGGGGAGAAGCCAACCGACGGGACCCAGACAACAAGGGGGGCCACAAGAAGCUCCUGCAGCUCCUCACCUCCCCUACGGAGGAGCUAGUGCCCCCUAACCCCCAGGCCGGCCCUGGCACCACCCCCAUGGGCUCUGAGUCCAAAGAGUGCAUAGGGGGUUUGACCGGCCCCUCCGCCACAGGCGUGUCCUCCUCCACGGCUGCAGUGGGACAGCAGGGCCUAGGAGCAGGGGCUGCAGCAGCACACUUUGCCAACCAGUCCCUGCAGGAGAAGCACAAGAUCCUCCAUAAGCUGCUGCAGAAUGGGAACACCCCAGACGAGGUGGCCCGCAUCACAGCCGAGGCCACGGGGAAGGUCACAGAUGGUGGGGGUCCAGAGGCUGGGCCAGUAGAUCCAGGAGAGGGACCAGGGGCGAGGGGGGCUGAGGUGAAGCAUGAACAGCACAGCCCCAAGAAGGAAAAGACCCACGCCCUCCUCCACUACCUCCUCAACAAAGAUGACUCCAAAGGGGCAAGGGGUGAUGUCAAACCAAAGCUGGAAGGCAGGGGAGCCCAGGGAGCAUCCUCAGGGGUCACGACCUCUGAACCCAACCCCAUUGUGGAGCAGGUCAAGACUGAACCACCUGAUGAGUUGGAAACCCUGGAGACAAUUCUCGGAGGCCGCAAGAACUCCAGCUCUGGGUUUAAUCCCGAACCGGACUCCAGAGCAGGAAACGAAGGGGGAAACCAGCAGGGAAAUGGCCCAGACAGUUUGCAUGGUGGGGAGAGAGGAGCCAUGCUGCCUGCCCGGCGUGGACCUCUCCAGCGGGCACUGUCAGUGGAUGCUAAACCCCUGGGUGGUGGUGGAUGCCUGGCGGGGAGGAGGAACGUCCCCUGCCCCACGCUCAUCAAACAGGAAAACAUGGAGGCCCCCAUCCGGCCAGGCAUGACCAGCGGCUUCCCUGUACCAGGAGGCAUGGGUGUGUGUCCACCACGGGGCGGUGCUGCCACAAGAAUGAACAGGGGUAUUGGGAUGCCACAGCGGCCUCCCAUGGCAGGGCAAGGUGACUGGGGGAUGCCCAGGUCCAGUGGAAGUCCUGUGGGUGUGCCAGGACACCCCUCAAUGGGCCGGCCAGGGAUGGACUUCAACUCCAAGGGCAUGAUGAGAUGCCCCAUUGUCAACAGGUCCAACAGUUUACCUGGCAGCACCAGGUCUAUGCUGCAGCAGCAACUCAUAGAAAUGGGUUCCAGUGAGGUGAAUAUGGGGAUGAGUCCCUUCAGAGGGCAGGGUCCUCCACCUCAGUCCCCCUCCUGGCCUGACAGUGCAAUGGGAAUGGACGGACCACCCAUUAACACAAAUAGGCGUCAGUUUGGGAACCCCCUGGAUGAGCUCCUGGUGCCGCCCUCCACCAGCCAGGGGCAGAGUGAUGAGCUGGCGCUGCUGGACCAGCUGGACUCUCUGCUCAACAACACUGACGUCAUCGCCCUUGAGGAGAUUGACCGGGCCCUGGGCAUCCCCGACCUCGUAGGACAGAGUCCUGGUCGAGAGCAGCAGCCACAGCCAGGUCCGGGGCAGAGGUCCCCAUCAGAGCCCUUCCCUGGCCCAGGACCAGACAGCUCCAUGGAGAUGGAGCAGAAGCCCAUGUAUGUCCAGGGGUAUCCAGGACCCCCCUCCAUGGGCAUGCAGUCAGCCUAUGGGGCCAACCCCAUGCAGGGCCAGUCCUCUGCUGGCUUCAACCCCAUGAACCAGAUGGGGGGUCAGGUAGGCUCAGGGGGCUUCCCUGGCAUUGGGGGCAUGGGUCACCCCCGCGCCACCAUGAUGAGACCCCGCAUGAUGAGCGCCACCAAGCCCCUCAGACUGCAGCUACAGCAGAGACUACAGGGCCAGCAGUUCAUGAACCAGACCCGUCAGGGCAUGGGCAUCAAGAUGGAGAAUGCCCCUACAGGAAACCCUGCGAUACGGCCCGGUAUGGAGCCCGGCAUGGACGGUCAGCCUGGCUUCCUGAAUGCUCAGAUGAUGGCUCAGCGCAGCAGAGAGAUGAUGACCCUACAGAUGAGGAGACAGAGGAUGAUGAUGCUAAUGCAGCAGCAACAACAGCAGCAGCAACAGGCUGCAGCAGGAGGCUUCAGCCCCCCACCUAACGUAACGGCCCCUGCAGGCAUGGACAACCCCAUGGCAGGACCCCCCAUGAACCAGCCAGGGCAGCAGCAGUUCACCUACGGCGGAAACUAUGGAAUGAACCAGCAAGGAGACCCCUCGUUUGUAGGCGCAGGCAGCAGCCUGCCCAGCAACAUGAUGCCAGGUCGCAUGGGAGGACCUCAGAAUCCCAUGAUGCAACAACAGCCCCAAGGCAGCCCCAUGUACCAGUCAGCAGACAUGAAAGGCUGGCCACAGGGUGCCAUGGCACGGAACAACUCAUACCCCCAGCAGCAGUUCACCCAGCAGGGGAACCCAGGCCAGUUUGGGGGGCCCAUGAUGAUGAACGGCUCCAUGGGCGGGCCAGGCCCAGUCAGUGGUGCUGCUGGAGCACAGAUGGGCCAGAUGCAGGGGCAAAUGUCUGGACAAAUGCAGGGGCAAAUGUCUGGACAAAUGUCUGGACAAAUGUCUGGACAAAUGUCUGGGCAAAUGCAGGGGCAAAUGGCUGGGCAAAUGCAGGGGCAGAUGGGCAUGAACUCCAUGGGAUUGGGCCGAAUGCCAAUGGGACCUGAACAGAAAUAUUGCUGAAAAUGUAUGUAAUCAAUAAGAGGCUUCAUCCGGAAGGCAGCAGAGACUGCAGUGCCCCAGCAGAGACUGAGAGCCUGGCCAGGGGCCACCAGACAGCUCCAAGAUCUGCUCCCGCCACUGUUCUCAGCCCUGUGUGUAGAGAGACUCGUAAGAAGCCACAGUGAGACUGAGUGACAGAAAUAAAGACACCUAAUGCAGCCUCUCACUGUAGGCUUGCCUCUCUCUGGAGGACUGUGUGAGUGACUUAGUUCAAGAAAACGCCCUGCUUUCUCUUCCUGUAACCUGUGGGAGUGUGAUCGGCGUUAACCUGUGGGAAUGUGAUCGGCGUACUGCCUUCUACACCAGAGGAGGCCUCAUCGUGUGUGUGUGUGUAAGGGGUGUAUUCAGUAGUCGGAUUCCAUUGCGAAACAUUUUGCAACAGAAACCGUUUACAUUUUACUCUUGGAACCAAACGGAACAGUACUGGGAGGGACCUACCUGAAUUUGUCCAAUAGAAACUCUUGUUUUUGUUGCAAAAGGUUUUCCGUUUGGAGUAAACGGUUUCCGUUGCGAAGCGUUUUGCAAUGGAAACCGACUAAUGAAUAACACCCCUUGACCACUGGAGCUAGCUGUCAUACAGUAUACAGUAUCAACACUGGGAAACAGAAUCUAUUUGGAAACAGGAUGGGAUACGGUACAACUAGCUAUGGCUGCACUUUACCAGAAGGCUUCUAUGUAAAAGGUUUGUUGCAAUAUUUCUUAGUCAUUAUAGCCUUACCAGAGAUUCAAUGCAUUCACAGCAUUGGUUUUCUUUUCCUUUUAUCCUUUGGAUGUGCCUCAUUUUGUUUUUAAAUCAUCAGGAGCUGUAAGCACAGGUUAUUUCUAUAUUAUGCAGAUUCAAGCAAUACAAAUUUCCUCUAUGCUUUAAACUGAAACUGAGCAUCAUGAACUCAUAAGCAAACGGUACUGCAGUAUUAGAUCAAAUUAGUCACAAAUGUAUUCUAUGUGAAUAAAAAUUGUGAAUAUGCUACAAAUGGAUCAUACAUGCUUUUUAUACAUCACUUUUUUUGCACAGUGUAAGACUUGGUCCAAUUCUAGAAGGUCAAUACAAUUUUAGUUUGUAGUUUAUUUGAGCCUUUUGGACGAUGUUAAGUGAGGGUGUGUGUGUUUCCCAUUUUCCACUUUGUCCUUAUCCUCUGAACAUGUUUUUUUACGUGAUAAACUGUCUAUUUCUUUUUAGAAGCACUUUUAUUUCUGGUGUGUUGACUGUUUGGAACUUCGAAAUUAUCGAAAGGUUUGAUGGUGGUGAAUAUGGAAAGAAACACAGGACUGAAGUGAAUGAAGAAAGGGCAGUCCCUCAAAUGAGCAGAGACGUCUGGCAAGCUGAUGUGUAGGAAUUGUGUAUAAACAUUGUAGAAAAAGAUGGGAUGGGGUGGGGACAGUUCCUAAAGUAGUUAUCCUUCCUUCCUUCCUUCCCUAACUCUCGCUUUCCUCAUUUCCGUUGACUGUUACUCUUGACUUUCCAAGAAAUCUACCUUAACAUUGCGCAAUCCAAAUAUAUUUUUCCAGUUCGUUGUUUAGCGUCUGACGUUGACGGUGUACAUUUUUAUCUAUGCAUUGUAUAUGCAGACAGUUACUGGGUACAUAUCAUGAAAUUAUAAAUGCAUAUUUAGAUUUUGUACUGAAAGCAUAGGUGACUGCGUAUUGUUCAGAGGCCAGUGGGUAGCUAACAGUAGCAGUAAUGUGUGGAUGUAUAAUUGACUGGCAAAGCCCUUUGCUGUGGAAGAGGAAUACCAUAUGGAAUGAAAUAAUCUUUUUUUUCCUCCAGAAAAUAUAAUUAUUUUAUGUCCAGUUUUAAUUACUUAAUGAAAUUACCUAAGUAGAAUUGUAUUAAAGAGCAAAAACAAAGGAUAUUUUCACCUGGGUAUGCUUAUUUUUUGUUUCCUUUUUUAUUUUACAGGAUGUAUGUAACAAAUGUUUUUUUUCUCGAUAUUGAUGUAAAUACACAUUUAUA